AUGACGGCAAAUCUUCUCUCAAACCCUACACUUUCAUCUUCUUUCCUUGGUCAUCAACUUUCAGCUCGAGGUAAGUCGAAGAGAAUAACGCCGUGCAGCUUCAAUUUUAGGAGUCCUAAAUGCGCCGUGGAUACUCCAUAUGAAGGUAACAUUUCAAAAUUUCCUCGGGUUAAUGUCUGGGAUCCUUAUAAGCGGCUGGGUAUAACUACUGAUGCCUCUGAGGAAGAAGUUUGGAGUGCUCGGAAUUUUUUGUUGAGCCAGUAUGCUGGUCAUGAGAGAAGUGCUGAAUCAAUCGAAGCUGCUUUUGAGAAGCUGCUGAUGAGCAGCUUCAGGAAUAGGAAGAAAACAAAAAUCAACUUAAAGACGAGGCUAAAGAAGAAGGUUGAGGAGUCUCCACCUUGGGUUAAGAACUUGCUUAGUUUUGUGGAAGUACCCCCACCUGUAAUCAUUUUAAGAAGAUUGUUCCUAUUUGCAUUUAUGGCAUGCUGGAGUGUGAUGAAUUCUGCUGAAGCUGGGCCUGCUUUCCAGGUGGCAUUGUCUUUGGCAGCUUGCAUAUACUUCCUCAAUGACAAGACCAAGAGCUUGCCUAGAGCUGCUAUUAUUGGAUUCGGGGCUCUUGUUGUUGGCUGGAUAUGUGGUUCUUUCUUGGUUCCAUUGAUCCCAUCAUUUCUGUUGCAACCCACUUGGACUCUUGAACUUCUAACGUCACUGGUAGCGUAUGCUUUCAUGUUUUUGGGAUGUACUUUUUUGAAAUGA